AUGGCCUUGGCCCACACGCUCGAGGUGCUCUACGCGCUCUUGCGGCUGUACACCUCGAGCUUCCGUGGCGCGGCCUCGUCUGCCUUCUGCCCAGACGUCCCCUACCCGCAUCUACAGCAGCGGCUGCAGCAGACGCUUCGUGCUGUCGCGCUUACGUCGUUUGGCGCCGUGUCUCUCCCUCUGCUGCUCCUGUGUCUGUUGCCCGUGCUCUCGCCGCUCGCGUUCUCGUCGUUCCUUGCGUUUCUAUUGGUCGUAGGUCUUCUAUGGACGUUCACAGUCGCCCACUUGACGCUCCGGUAUGCGCUGGUGCCCACCCCGCGUCGUACAAAUGCGACAGGACCCGAGAGAUGCACCCAAAGAGGUCUUCAAGCAGCUAUUUGUGCUCUUACGGACGUGAUAAUACGCAUGCAAGAGCAGCCACAACUGCCUGUGCUUUUCAUGCUCUGUGUCGUCCACUCGUACCUCUGGCAGCUGGUACUGUACUACGGCAUGGCAUCCAGCGCUCUCUUUGGCGCAGAGUUUGGACCGUUUGCAGUUGCUGGUGGACUUGUGGCUUUUGUGGCGUAUGUGAUGCUGGACGAGCGGCUAAGUGAAGACCCGUUCGUGUUGGACCCACGUGCUGCUUUUGUGAAGAUGCUGCAGCGAGAUGCAGUGCGUGCAGUACGUCGAGGAGUGGUCGUGUACAUCCUGGGUCGCGUGCUGAGCUGGAUGUGGUGGAGUAGCGUGGAUGUGGCUGCUGAGACGGUGGAAGGCGGACUGCUAUCUGGCAUGACGUUUCAGAUCACGAGCAGUGUGCUGGAAAAUGGUGCGAUGUUAAGUGCGGCCUCGGUGUUCCGUAUCUUGCUCUUCCGUGCGAGCUAUCAGGUUGUGGGGAACGCGUUUGACGACGCAAACAACUUGUGGGAUUCACUUGUUGACGAAAAGCCGAACGAAGGGGAUGUCACAGGCGCUCUAUUUGCAACGGAGGUUGUUGUAAUACCGCAGUCGAAUGUACCACUGAAUGAGCAGUACUUGCAGGGGUUGCAGAAACGAAGGGAUGCGGCGUUACAGUGCAUUCUGGACAAGCAGACAUCCGUGGCCCCUGCGGAUGCGGAAGAUGUGGAGAUUCUGGAUAGCUUGUUUAAGUUUGAAAGCUUGCUUACAGGAUGCAAGUUCGCUACAGCUGCACGAGCGUCGUUGUUUGUCUCUCGAGAUCGAUGGAAUGCGUUGUUCAGCUCAACAACUGCAGUCGUCGAUGGGUUUACACUGAUGUUAAACUUGCUGAAUACGCUGCAGGAUCGAAAAAGCGCUGCAGAUGAUGCCAGCACGUUGGCACUUGAGCGGUCGUUCGCUUCUCUGCUGCGCUUUUUGGGCCUGCAGCAGGAUGCACAUCCGUUAAUUCUCCUAUACCAGUACCCGCACCUUGUAAACCUUCGCAUCUCGUCUGCCAAUGUGGAUUCACCGGUCCGAUUUUUCAUCGAGUCAAAACUGCAGUUCGCGGUUCGUCGUUUCCUGGUGGAAGAAGCCCGUCGGCGUGCGUUCCAGCGUGUUAAAGUUGUACGUGCGGCAGAAUCCCUGUUGUGCCAUCUUGUCAGCGUAUCGCGGGCAGAUGACAAGCAGGGAUAUGUUCAGCAUACUAUACCGGCUGUAGUCUCGUCGCUCAUGGAGUGUCGCAAAGCGUUAGAGGCUUACAUGGAGACGUGUUUGAAGGAGAGCAGUACGACCGAUAUAUACGUACAAGAAGCCGCAGCCCUAGCCAAAGGUAUCGACAGCGGCAUUUAUCGCAUCACCGAGGUGUUCCAAAGCGAGUUGUCCGCGUUCGCAUUUCCUCCAGAUACAAAGACAGCGCUGCUUGCAUACGCUAGCUUCGAUGUCUAG